AUGAUGGAUGAACAAAACGUACAAGUGGCGGACAACGAUUUCAAAAUACUCUCCAUCGAUGGAAUGAAGCAAUUUUUUACUUGUUCCGUUCGGCAAAGAAUAUUCUUUCUAGUUUUAUUAUUUUCGAUAUUGGCUACGAAAUUUCUAUUCACUCAAGAACAAGGGCUAACAUUCCGGAUCAUACCUUCAACAACAACAACAACAACGACAACAUCAACAACCACUCCUAUUACUACUACUGUCACAUCCACACAGGAUACAAAACGAGUCUAUCCGUGUCUUAGAAGCAGACACGCUAUUCAGACAAGUUUUCUUGGUUCUCGUUCUUUCUGUAUUCAUCUGUUAUCCAACGAUAUCGUUUCUAAUUCUAUUGCGAGUUCUCAUUCAUGGAUGCCACAUCAAACUAGACUAAUGGCAUCUCUUCUAGCUGACGCUCCAUCGAAGCCUGCCGUUUUCUUAGAUAUCGGUGCUAACAUUGGUUGGUUCACCUUAGUCAUGGCAUCACUUGGUCAUGAAGUCAUUGCCAUAGAACCAAUGAGUCGUAAUAUAGAAUUGUUGAGAGCAUCAUUACAAGCAUCUAAAAUAUCACAGAACGUUAUUGNUUCAUAA